GUGUAAGUCGCAGAUCGAAGCCGCUGCUCUCUCCCAGGAUGCUUCACUCCUCAGUGAUGGCGGCUCCAGUGGCGCUGCACAGGUUGUUGGCCUCGGUACUGAAACCUUUCUCUGCCGGUUUGACCAGGAUUAAAGUGGGGCUCCGGAGGAGGGAGCGGAGGUCAUCAUACUUGCUGUUGGCCCCAUUACUGUGUCAAGCCAAACCACAAGCUGAAGUGCCGUCUCCUUCUUGCAGUGCAUAUGCACACAACAUUCAGCGAUUCCAGUGGAUUGGGGAGCUUGUUCCAGCUUUUGGAAUUUCAGGCAGCCAGGUGAAGGUGCUAAGUUCCCCCUCAGAAUUCUAUGAAACAAUGAAGGAGCAUAUCAAAAUGGCUAAGAAGAGAAUAGUUAUGGCGUCUUUAUACCUUGGAACAGGACCUUUGGAGCAGGAGCUGGUAGAUUGCAUUGAAGAAACACUGCAACGAUCACGGGACGAAACUCCGAUAUCUGAUCUCAGAGUUUCUGUUCUGCUGGACUGUACAAGAGGGUCUAGAGGCAAGAAGAAUUCUCGAACUAUGCUGAUUCCAUUGUUAAAGAAAUUUCCAAAUCAAGUGCGUGUUUCUUUGUAUCACACUCCAGAUCUCAGAGGUAUUCUUAAAUUCCUUCUUCCAGAGAGGUUCAAUGAGAUAAUUGGACUGCAACACAUCAAAAUCUACCUCUUCGAUAACAAUGUCAUUGUUAGUGGAGCAAAUCUGAGUGAUUCCUACUUUACAAAUCGACAGGACCGUUAUGUUUUACUCCAAGACUGCCAUGAAAUAGCAGAUUUCUUUGAAGAUCUAGUCAAUGCAGUCAGUGAUAUUUCACUUCAGUUACAGCAGAAUGAUACCGCUGAUGUGAAACCAGGAAUGAUCCACCCAUUCACAGGUAGUCGAAAAGAUUUCUGUGCAGAAGCAAAUAAAAGGAUCAUGGCUGUGGUAAAUGAAGCAAGAAGCAAGCAGCAGCACAGGAACCACAUAAAGUGCCUGUCUGAUAACAACUCUGAACAGUUGUUCGUACCCAGUGACAAUGGUCAAGCUCCAAAAUACACAGAUACCUGGAUCUAUCCCAUAAUACAAAUGAAGCCAUUUGAAAUUAGGAUAGACGAGCAAGUGACUGAAACAUUAAUGACUAGAGCUGAGGCGGAUUCUAAAAUGUGCUUGACUUCAGGGUAUUUCAACCUCACUCAAGCAUAUAUGAAUCUUAUCUUGGGUACCAAUGCGGAUUAUCAGAUACUGCUUGCAUCACCAGAGGUAAAUGGCUUCUUCGGUGCUAAGGGUGUAGCAGGAGCCAUUCCUUAUGCUUAUGUUUACAUUGCUAGACAGUUUUGCAGGAGAGUGCACCAGAGUGGGUUGCAAGAUAGAAUAAGACUACAUGAAUACUUCAGGAAAGACUGGACUUUUCAUGCAAAAGGUCUGUGGUAUUACGUUUCAGGAAGCAGGUGGCCGUGCCUAACUUUAAUUGGUUCUCCUAACUUCGGGUACAGAUCUGUGCAUAGAGAUCUGGAGGCUCAGCUAGCAAUUAUCACAGAAAACCACAAAUUGCAGCAGCAAUUACAGGAGGAACAAGAAAAUCUGUACUGCCUGUCGAAUGAGAUUUCGACUGUUACAUUUGACCAAUCAAACAGAUAUGUGAAGCUCUGGGUGAAAUUGGUAACUCCACUAAUAAAGAAUUUUUUCUAAAAUCUAAAGGAGCACCAUUCCUGUUGUUGAAAGUCCAAACAUAAGUAGGACCUCGGCUGCGGGUCUUGUACACUGGACAUUCGUAAAUGUUUUUUGUUUCUUGACGAUCUACUGGAAUGGCUUUGAUGAAUACAACUGGCAUUCCUGGUGUAAGCUCCUUCAGUCGUGCAUCAGUAAUGAUUCCACUGUUCUUUUCCCAACGCGCACCUUUCAACAUAUCAAACAUUACUGUAAUUUAACUGCUAAAAGUUUUAUCAUGUUUUUAUAACAAAAAUAAUGAAGACUGAGAAAGAAUGAUCUCGUGAAAUGUCCAUGUAUUUAAGGAAACUUUGUAAUCAAUUUCUUUGUACUUCAGAACUCUGUUAAUUUGGUAAAAUCUAAUAAAACAAAUUGAAGGUUGGUUGGAGAAUUUUCUUAUAAAUCUAUUUAUCGUUACAUUUUUGUGGUAGUUGAACAGCUAUUACACAUUUUAUAGUGACCUAUUAGUUAAACAAUAAAAUGUUUUCAUCUAAAGUGAA